AUGCCCCCAAUUCGCAAUAAAAAGUCAAAAUAUUUGAUUGAGCAAGAAGGCCGAAUCUUAUUAGCUAUUUCCGAUUUUCAAAAUGGCAAAAUCUCCACUAUUGCAGAAGUUGCUAGGAUUUACAAUAUUCCACGUACAACUCUCCGGAAUCGAUUACAAGGCAUUCAACAAAGAUCUCUUGUACGCGCCAACAACCAUAAAUUGACUCAAUCUGAAGAGGAAUCGCUUGUCAAAUGGGUGCUUGAUUUAGAUCGACGUGGAUUACCCCCCCGGCAUUCUCUUGUACGAGAAAUGGCUAACUACAUACUUUUACAACGUGGCAAUCAACAAGUUGGUGAGAAUUGGGUUACUAACUUGAUUAAACGCCGUCCGGAGAUUGAGUCAAAGUUCUCACGAAAAUAUAACUACGAGCGUGCUAAAUGCGAAGAUCCGAAGAUAAUUCAAGGACAUUUUGACCGCGUACGAGAUAUGAUAUCUGAGUACGGCAUCUUACCAGAAGAUAUCUAUAAUUUUGAUGAGACGGGCUUUGCUAUGGGACUCUGCGCAACUGCAAAGGUUAUUACUGGAAGCGAUCGAUAUGCUCGGCCAAAGCUUCUACAGCCUGGGAAUCGAGAAUGGGUGACUGCAAUUGAGGCAAUAAAUUCAACCGGAUGGGCUCUGCCUUCGUACGUAAUUUUCAAAGCAAAGAAAAACGUACGAUUAGGCUGGUUUGAUGAGCUUCCGGAUGAUUGGAGAAUCAAUAUUAGCGACAAUGGCUGGACUACAGAUCAGAUAGGAUUAGAAUGGCUUAAAACCCAUUUUAUUCCUCUUACUAGAGAUCGUACAUUGGGAACAUAUAUUAUGUUGAUUCUUGAUGGCCAUGGAAGCCAUUUGACUGCAGAAUUUGAUCGUACAUGUACGGAACAUAAGAUUAUUCCUCCUCUUGAUGUUGGCUGUUUUGCAGUUUUAAAGCGACAUUAUGGGCAGCUGGUUGAACAACGAAUGAGGCUUGGUUUCAAUCAUAUCGACAAAAUCGACUAUUUAACAGCCUUUCCAAGCGCUCGUAUGAUGGCAUAUAAAGCUCAAACUAUCCGGAAUAGCUUCGCAGCCACUGGAUUAGUGCCUUUUAAUCCAGAUCGAGUUCUUCAACAUCUCAAUAUUCAAUUGAAGACUCCAACCCCCCCUCCAAGUCGAUCAAGCAAUACAGCAUCAUCCUGCUUACAAACACCUCAAAAUAUACGCCAAUUUGUACGCCAGUCAACUACAAUUAAUAAACAUAUAGAUGAGCGUACAGGAAAUCAGAAUCAAGAAAUCAAUCAGGCAGUUAUACGGUUGUCAAAAGCCUACGAAAUACUAGCGAAUGAUGCUUUACUCGUACGGAAAGAAAACCGUGAUUUACGAGCUGCGCAUGAAAAAGAAAAGCAGAAGCGCAAGAAAUCUAAUAAACAGAUAUCUAUUGAGCAAGGAAUUACUAGAGAGGAAGCUCAGGCGCUCGUACAAGGUCAGGUUGAGGCAUCUCAAGCCGUUACUACUACUACAGCUGAGCCGGAGCUCCCAGCUCUUCAAGCAGCCGUACGCCGCCAAUAUCGCUGCAGUGGUUGUAACGUUAUGGGGCAUAGAAUAAAUCAAUGUCCUAGUCGAACUAGUAGUUAG